CCGGAGAAUUUUCAUCAGAAUGCUCAAAUUGCUACCGGUAGUAGCAACUUCUGAAGCUAACUAUUCAAAAAUUGUAGUAAAUACAACUCUUUUUCACAUCAAGCGCGUUGUUCUUAGUAUGUUCGAGAUUGCAGUGUAGUGAACUCUAUAGGCAAAAUAAAAGUGAUAUAUUAUGCUCUGAGGAAGCCUGUCUUUUCAUUUGAGUAACCACUAAAGCAAUGAUAAUGAAUAAUCUAUUCUACUCAAAGGUGAACACAACGUCAACCGACUAAUUAAAACGAACCUGUGUCACUGCCAACAUCCCUGUAAAUACCCAACUAACUUGUUAGCAGUAAGCGUUAGCUCCGAAAGUUGUUAUGCAAUAUAAUUGUAUGCACUGGAUAAGGCAUCUGAAUGUUUUUACAAUCAAUUCAUUUCCCUUCACCACAUUGAUCGGUAUUCUGACGUAGCAGACGCCGUCAUCGCUUGCCACAUAUAGAUUAUUACCAGAACUUAAUACACAGAGAGUGCCUGUUAGUUUCAUUCCGAUUUUUUAUAUGCAUUGGCUGCUUGGCAAAAUUGAAGCACAAACUUUGGGUGGUCAAUCACUCUUAAGGACAAACAUCUUGAAGUACCGCUUCAACAGUGCAUCAGAACUUCAGACGCACACGUUUUAAUAAACAAGCUUCAAACAACAGUGCAUUUUAUUAUUCUGUUCUUGCUCACUUGUAAUAAGCCUAAAAUAAGAAGAUCAGGUGCGCUGGUUUCGUUUACAAAGAGAUUUGUGCGCUCGAAAUCGUGAGUAGGUGCCAAAGUCGGCCAUUGUGGCGGCCAUUUGGAAUUCUAACAAGUCUGUUCUUAAGCACAGGUCUGCACUUAAUCACAUGAAGGGAGCUUAAUUGCAAUUGCAACUUAUUUGCUUGUUUACCAGGGGUAACAAUGACAGUCGUGAUUCAUUUCAGAUAACAAGUGCUCCGGAAAUGAGAAAAAAAACUUUAUCUGAUUUAGGAACUGAAAGAAAACACGAAAUAUUUAGAUAUUGCAAAUAUUGCUGAUAACGGUUUGGCGUAGUUGCGUGCGUAGGCUUCGAAGGAUAAUCUGAUAAAGUCACUAAUAGAAGGGAUACCCCAAAUCAUGGUUGCAUAUUGCCAAACCGACCGUUAUUCAUCGGAAGCUAAUUUCAACAGCCACAAAUGAGCAAACCUUUGUUGCGCUGGCUUGGUUGAUAUCCAUUUCUCCGCUAUCUAAUCGACGUUUCCAAAAUUUUAUUUUAUCUUCGAUACCAUUUCGCUUGAAACCUUGGCUAUCAAAUUCAUAUGCUUCAGUUUAACCAUAUACCUCCUCUGAAUAACAGGUGAACCUAAAGAAUUCUUUUCCUACAUUUAAGGUCCAGGUUAAAUGGAACCGAUAAAGAUGUUAUCUUUGCUUAUACUAGUGAUAUUCAGUUCGCUAGGUCUUGCUAUCGAUAGAAACUUCUUGUUCAAUUCUGAUCGUUUCCCGGAUGCUGCCGAUGUUCCAACGCUAUCCAACGGAAAUCUCGGAUUCACCGUAUUCAGUGACAGCGUCUACCUGACUGGAGUUUACAAUGGGCGUGGCCAUCUGAGCCAUCGUGCCCGUAUUCCAAACUAUGCCAAUAUUCAACUGGAAGCUUGUAGCAAUCCGGAGAGCAAUCCACCCUACUGUUCAUACCAGCUGGAUAUCAGAUUCGGCCGUUUCCGAACAAUCUACGCCGAUCCCAACGGACAAUUUCGCCUAAUCCACAGCGUGUAUCCACAUCGGAACCUCAAUCAUGUCAUUGUAAAUCACGUGCGAGUUCAACGACUAAAUGGUCAAGGUACACUGAGCGCAAAUAUCCGACGAAUUCCAGUACCACCAUCCACCGACAUUUCCUUCGAUUCACCCCAAUCAGUGGAAAUUCGUAACCAAAUGUUCAUGUUUCAAUGUGGCCUUACCAAUGAGGUCGAGGACGCUGUCUUUCAAAUCACGAGAACAAGUGUUUGUAUAUACUACAGUGAAAUACCGACGACUCUCGUGUUGACGGAGGACCGCACAGCUGUAGAGUUCGCUACAUAUACAGUGUUUUCCCGCAACAGACCAGCGGCGGAAAAUGAACUCAACUGGUUAACGUUGAGUACCCCAUCGAACGUGGAGCGUAAUCAGGAAUCCAGCAUGAAUGAAAUGUGGAAUCAGUAUGGGAUCACUGUGGACGGAAGCGAUGAACUAGAUCGAGCCACCAAAGCCAGUGCAUUCCAAGUGUUCUGCAAUGUUCCGGGACUGUUUACUCCCAAUAACGUGCAAUCAUUCGGAAUAUCACCUUCCGGUAUAGGACGAAAUGAUUUUCAAGGGCACAUCAUGUGGGAUUUCGACAUGUGGAUGUUUCCCAUAGUUCUGUUAACAGAUCCGCUAGUUGCACGAGCCAUGUUGACGUACAGGACCAGAAUUGUCCGACGUGCAGUUGAAGGCAACGCUGCUGCAGCGAAUAACAUCGGAGGGUGGCAAUAUCCCUGGGCUUCUGCCUUCACGGGUAGAGAGGUUACACCAACUCCUGGAGCAGCCGAACUACAACAUCACGUCACAGCAGACAUAGCCUUCGCCAUCAGACAAUACAUCUAUGCUACGGACCAUUGGUCCUGGAUGAUGACGGAAGGAUGCGAGGUGGCGUUCAAUACGGCUCGUUUUUGGAUGCGUCGCGCUGUUUAUAACGCAGCCACGGACAAGUACGACAUUGAAGCGGUUACAGGACCUGACACCAUGAACGCCAACGUCACCAACAACGUAUUCACCAACGUUGUUGCCGCUAAUAAUCUGUUUCUUGGUGAGUAUGCUGCAUGUAUUUGUGAACACUUCAUGAGUCUCCACAACGAAGAUUUGAGUGAAAUGAUUCGCAUAGCGCGGGGACUGCGCUUGCUGCACGAGCCACUUAGCGACUUCACACCGCAGUUCGAAGGAUACACCGUAGGACAGCAAAUCAACCAUGCGGACGUCGUAAUGUUGGGGUACCCUUUGGAUCUCCCGUUGAACGAGUCGACGAAGCGUAACAAUCUGAACAUCUACGGUCCGGUAACCGCGGCCAGCAGUUCGGCAGAGACCUGGUCGAUGCAGACAAUCGGAUGGCUGGACCUGGGCGAGCCGAAUUUGGCUGCGGAAAAUCUUCGUCGAAGUUAUCAGCCCUACCUACGGGCACCCUUCCACGUGUGGCAUCAAGGGCCUACCGGAUUCCCCGGUGCGCCCAAUCAUGUAUCCGGCGCAGCUAGCUUUUUGCACACCCUAAUCAAUGGCUACGGCGGGAUCCGACUGCGCAAUGGCGAGAUGGUGCUGGACAGACCACGGCUUCCACCGGGCACUACGCGCAUGCUAAUUCCUCAACUCAACUUCCAAAGGUUCCGGUUUUCGCUAGAGCUCCGUCAGGAUGGAACGUUUACGAUCACGCAGGCAGCUAUGCCCACGAUGCCUCAGAUACGGAUUAUUGUCGAUGGCGUGAAUUAUGAACCCUGUCGUUUGAACACGGCCUGUACAUUCCAUGGAUCGAACUCUGCCGCCUUGAAACUGAUUGAAACCGAUAUGUGGUGCGAGCUGAAACCGACUGAGUUGAACACCAGACUUGCCGAUCAGGGCUCUGGAGUGAUUGUUAGAAUGAGUCCAAUGCUUUUCGCCAUCGUUGUGAUUGCUUCCGUUAUGAACAAAUUCUUGUGAUAAUGAAUUUCAUAUUUGUUGAAAGUGUUUAAAUUUACAGUUAUUGUUUGCCAAAU